AUGGGUUUAGCACAAAAAGAACUAAUCCAACUUAUGUUAUGUCAAUAUUUUGAAGCUUUCGCAGGUAUUAAGAAACUGGUGAUUGACGUAAUACCAAAACGUCCAGAAAUAAUCCAAAAAUUGUUCGGAAGUAUGCAAAAGCAGUUCAAUAACUUGAUAAAAAGCAUUUUCGAGACGUUCAAACAACUUGAUGUGCUUGUGUUCUGUUAUAAGAGUUCUUGCAUAUCUAGAGAAGAAGCGCAUAUUCUUCGUAAGCUUUUUUCGUCGAUAUGUAGAUUGCUAAGGGAUAGAUGCGAGUGGUCAGAUAAUUGCAAUGAGGAACAAACCAUUUUCGAGCUUUAUAAGUAA